CUCUCUCUCCUGAAGGAUCCUUAACCUUUCCUCCUCCCACGCAGACCUCCCAGGCGCUCCUCUCCGCUGGAGGCUUCAUGGAAGAGCGCAAACGCCUGAUAGUAAACCGGGAAAUAACAGUGGUAGUGAUGAUGAUGAUGAUGAUGAGAGGAGAUAAAGUGUGUGGGCAACGUUAGUUCAUUAUCAGCUGCGUGGUGGACAGAAAGGCAUCCGCAUGACGGUGUGAGGAGCGUCUUGAGCAGAGAGUCUUAAGGGAGGACCGCCAGUUGAAGACGGAAGGAUCCGUCUUCUCAUGACAGCUUGACACAAUCAAAAGCAGAAAAAGGUUUCCCACGAGACCUGCCUCUUGGACCAGGUGUUGGAGCUGAUUAUGAACGAGAAGCCCCCCACCAGUGCAAGUCUUUUCCUGAACGAGGACGCGGACAAACCCCCACUGCCGGAGCGAGGAGACUUAAGGAGGCGACUGCGCAGGGCCAUGGAGAGGAGAGCGAGCAGCAUGAAGGAGAAGAUGAGCUCCAUCCGCAGGGACAGCGUCAAAGGUUUCCUGAAGAGGAACCUGUUUGUUCUGUUGACUGUCGCUGCUGUAGUUCUGGGUGCAAUCCUGGGCUUCGCUCUACGCCCCCACAACCUGUCCCUGAGGGAGAUCAAGUACUUUGCCUUUCCUGGGGAGCUACUAAUGAGAAUGCUGAAGAUGCUGGUUCUGCCUCUCAUUGUCUCCAGUCUGGUCACAGGUAUUUCCUCCCUGGACAGCAAAGCAUCAGGUAAGAUGGGUGUGCGCGCAGUGGUCUACUACAUGGUGACCACCCUGAUUGCCGUGUUCAUUGGCAUUGUCAUUGUGAUGAUCAUCCAGCCGGGGAAAGGCAGCAGGGACAGUCCUGUGGCAAACAGCGGAAACAUAGAACCAGUUCAGGCAGCUGAUGCUUUUCUGGAUCUCAUCAGGAACAUGUUUCCUCCCAAUCUGGUAGAGGCUUGUUUCAAACAGUACAAAACCGUGUACAAGAAGAUUGUGCGCACAAGGAACGUAACAGUGACAAUGAACCUUACCGACUCUCUUAACGUCACAGAGUCUAACCUGAGCGUGAACCUCAGCAGGGUGCUGCACACCAUACAGGAGACAGUGGAGGAGACCAUUCCUGUGUCCGGCUCCUCUGCUGGAGUGAAUGCCCUCGGACUGGUGGUCUUUUCCAUGUGCUUCGGUUUGGUCAUCGGUAACAUGAAGCAGCAGGGCCAGGCCCUCAGGGACUUCUUUGACUGCUUGAAUGAAGCGAUCAUGAGGCUGGUGGCCAUCAUUAUCUGGUACGCUCCAGUGGGCAUCCUGUUCCUGAUUGCAGGGAAGAUCGUGGAGAUGAAGGAUCUGGCACAGGUGGGCGGCCAGCUGGGGAUGUACACCGUGUCAGUCACUGUUGGUCUCCUCAUCCAUGGUCUCUUUGUCCUGCCGCUGCUUUACUUCCUGGUGACCAAGAAGAACCCCUACAGCUUCAUCGGUGGUCUGCUGCAGGCGCUCAUCACGGCUCUGGGAACCUCCUCUAGCUCUGCUACCCUGCCCAUCACCUUCCGCUGUCUGGAGGAGAACAAUCAUGUGGAUAAACGAGUGACACGUUUUGUCCUCCCUGUGGGUGCUACUAUCAACAUGGAUGGCACGGCCCUCUAUGAAGCUGUGGCAGCCAUCUUCAUUGCUCAAGUCAAUGACAUGGACCUAAACUUUGGCCAGAUUCUGACCAUCAGUAUCACAGCAACUGCUGCCAGCAUCGGAGCAGCAGGCAUCCCUCAGGCUGGCCUGGUUACCAUGGUGAUCGUAUUGACAUCGGUAGGACUGCCCACAGAGGACAUAACACUGAUCAUCGCUGUGGAUUGGUUCUUGGACCGCCUGCGUACCACCACCAACGUGCUGGGAGACUCACUCGGCGCUGGCAUUGUGGAGCACCUUUCCCGCGGAGAGUUGCAGAGUCAAGAUGAUGAGGUGCACAACUCUGUUAUCGAAGAGAAUGAGAAGCCCUACCAGCUUAUCUGCCAGGAAAACGACUCGCUCAACCACCGCAACAGUGAGACCACAAUGUAAAGACAAGAGCUACAUCCGAAAGGGCUUCAUGUACCAAAAGCAUUUUACCUAGAAGGUUGACUUGCAAUGGUGCAGGCACGGUCUUAGAAAAAAAAAAUACUUGUUGGUCAACUCAGCCAGUGCUUGGGGUUCCCAAAGGUUUUUGCCUCUGCAGACCCAAACUUUCAUCUCUCCCUCAAAUACAAAAAGUUCUCUGGAAAACAAGGCAAUACAAGGCCUGGCCUGGGGCUGCAUGAUGACAGGAAAUAAGAACACAUGCUGUUUAGGGACCGUUACACAUCAACUGCCUACAAUCUGAUUCACUCUUUUUGUCUGGAGUGCCAGUUAUUUAGGGGCAUUUUGGUUUUUGAUGACUGUUUUAUUCACUGUUGGGCAAGCUUAAUAUGUCAAACAUUUAAACAUCUUUAGCGUCAUUAAGUUUUGUGUAAUUUAUGAAUCAUACAGUCAGAGAAUCAUAAAACAUUUUACCAGCAUCAGUGUUAGAAUAAACAGCAUUAUUAGAGAGAAACAUCCCUAGCUGAAAAAUUGUUAAGAAAAAAUAAACCAGCUGAUUUUCCAACAUUGUGAAUGUGUAAGCCUGCAUAAUUUGGCUACUUCUGUUGCAUGACUAAUCACUAAUUAAUUAAAUAUUUUGCCAACACGUAUUUUUGUCAUUUUCAUCAUGACUACCUCUAAUAGUAUUUAGAUAUGGAGCUUCUUCAGUGCUACACAAAAAUACUCCAUGGAGCAUAUCAGCCGGAUGUAAAUACAGCAAAUCUCCUAAUUGUUUCAGAUCCUGUAUUCAAGUUUGAAUAUUUUUUUUAUUUUAUGUAAGUUUGCUUGCACACUGUAAUUGUACAGUUUUGAAUGUACUUGACUGUUGAAUACUGGAUUAUGGUGGAAAGGAGAUUAUUUGCUAUGAUUUAGUAUUAGUCAGUAUUGCUUUGAGGUUGAUAUAUUUCAAGUGACUUGGUAGAAUGUUUUUCACUCUUGUGACUAUUAUAUUUAUGUGCAUUUGUGGUAUUUCUUUGGUAAUAUUGCUUUUAAACAUUGGGCACUAGACUGUACUGCUACACAGUUUGUUUGUUUUUUUUACUCCAAACAAUUAUUCAGCAAUGCUAAGACAUGAAUAUAUCUACUACUUUGUCUCCUAGUACUUUGGAUCUUUUUUAAAUUUUUUAUUACUGAUUCAUAGAGUAACAACUCUACAAGAGAUGUUUUAAGACCAUCAGAGUGCUAUAAUAUCAUUAUAUUAUACCCGCCUGUCUGUGUUUUCUGCAUUAUAUGUCAUACUAUCAACAAAAUGAAUUAUUUCAUUAAGUUAUAUUUUGAAUAAUAUAUUGCAAGUUAAUCAUUUUUAUUGUUCUGUGAAAAGGUACCGUGAAGAAAGUUUGUGAAUGCCUUGAGGAACUGAAUGUACAGUUGAUUUAUGCUUUUUUGUGUUGACUGUUAUUGAAGAAAGUCUGGUGAAUAAUCAUGAAAGUGAAAAGUUAUAUACAGUUGAAUUGAAGGCUCUUCUGACUUUGUGCCACAUUAAUACUCAUUAAGAGGUUUUCGACUUUAGUUCUGAUGCUUGAUGUUAUUUCAGUAAUAAUGUAUUUUCCCAUGGAAGAGCAUCUCAACAUUUUGAUGGACAGCCUUUGAAAAAUGUGACAAAUAAAUGGCUCAGGAAUUGAAAUGUGAUGCUCAUAAUUGUGUUUGUGGCUACCCCUGGUGGAGGAUAUUGUCCUGUCCAGAAGGCCUGCUCCUGUAGAAACACACAUGGGUCAAAUGUUAUAGUUUGUGAUAGUAAAUGGACGAGGUCUACUAUAUUAAGACAAUUUGAUUAAAAAGUGAAUAGUAAAUCAAU